AUGGAGCUCACAGGACCUACAGAGCCCAUGGAACUCACAGAACCCAUGGAGCCAAUGGAACUCACAGAACCCAUGGAGCCGAUGGAACCCGCAGAGCCCAUGGAAGAAGGGGAACAAGAAGAAGAAAUGGAGCCACGAAGAAAGGAGAUCAAGAUUCACCGUGUUGGCAUGGGAAAAGGCUACGGAUCUUCAGCAAGCAGUGCAGCUGAAGGAAGUGGAAGUGCACCAAGCUAUAUGCCUCCAAAGCCGAAGAAGAAGCCCGAACGACCAGUGGUGGAAGGAAGAGAUUACAUUCCCUUGGAAGGAGGAGAACCAGACGGGCCAGUGGAGAUCGGGAGUCCUAGUUCCUCUAGCCCCGAAACUACAAUGGUGUACCAAGAGGCACCGCCUACACCAAGAAGGGCGCCGAGAACACUUUCGUCUGGGCACAUCGCCUUGGAGCUGCAAGAGCAGCAAGUGUCUGCUGAGCAACGCAGGAGCCAGUUCGGUUUCCAAAGUCAGGAGGGCCACCGCCACCACCAGCGGGCCCAGAACCAGAGCAAGCUCCAGAGUGUCCACCGCCAGGACAAGAACGAGCUCCAGAGUGUCCACCUCCGGACCCAAUGCCGUGUGGUACGAAACUUCCUCUUCACACGCUGGACGGGGAACCCAGCAACGCAGCAGUGGCGGAACACAUCCGCCGGAAUGAGGAAGAGUAUGCUGCAAGACGUGCCGGUGCAAUUCCUUCAGGAGACGAAGCAAGAGCCAGGGAAUCCAAGGAAUUUGCUCGUGGAGUUGCAUACUUUCGGGCCAGGUACGGCCAGCGAAGCCAAAGCAGUGGAACAGCGAGUUCCAGCCGAGACACGGGGCCUGGGACCCUACAACCCAGGACGGGGCCUGGGACCCUACAACCCAGGAUGGAAGAUGCGAGAGCUGAACCAGGGAGCAGUUCCAGAGGACCACCUCCGAAGGAACGACCUGCUGGAAGCAAGGAAGAUGACUGGGGAGAUUGGUCAGGACGAUGAGGUCGACUACCAGAAGGAGAAAGCAGAGGUCUACUACCAGAAGGAGAAAGCAGAGAUCGACUACCAGGAGGAGAAAACAGAGAUCGACUACCAGGAGGAAUCAAAAUUCUAUGGCCUAUGUACAAACAAGAGCCUCUACUCCGACAAGACUAUGAAUGGAACAAGAGAUCCAUUGGUGAUGUGGAUUUGGACCAGCAUUCCAGGAGCAAAGAACCUCUACGACCCCAAGACUAUGCAAUUCGAUUACAAUGGAGCAAUGGCAAUGAUGCUUAUGCUUGGAGUAUCAGGCGCUUGA